CGGACUGGAUCGCCAACUCUGUUUCUCUGUAGCACACUCUCAACUCCCUCUCCUUCCUGUUGAGUGACAAUGCAUGACCUAAAUUUCUAGUAAAAAUCCAUCGAUCAACUCUUUAUCCCUCUCGUCGCUGCCAGGCUUCGGGUUCAGAUCUCAGAAACAGAGUGAAUGAUGAAGAAGAAGGCAAUGUCACUCAUCCUCUUGGUCUUGGUGAUCGCUGUAGACAGGAUCUCAGCAUAUGGUAGUGAUCGGGAGCUAUCAGUAUUGCAAGGUCUCCACCAAAGCCUCGGUCCUAACAGGUUAAAUUGGUCGGGUUCUGACUACUGCAGUUGGUUGAAUAUAUCUUGCAACGAGGAUGGAAUGGUGGGAUCGAUUAAUUUAAGCGGCCAAAACCUGACGGGAACACUGCCUGCCUCUAUUGGAAGCUUGAAAUAUUUGAAGACACUAGAUGUUUCUUACAAUCAGAUAAGUGGACCCUUCCCAGCCCUAUAUAGUUUGCAGUUGCUUGAAAUUCUUCGAGCCCAAAACAACAACUUCUCUUCAUUUCCAGAAGAGUUGUUCAGUUCCCAGCUCACAGCCCUCAGUGACAUAGAUAUCAGUUAUAAUUCAUUUGCACCAUGGAAUAUUACUGGUCACUGUGGGGAGCUUCAGUAUUUUCAUGCUUCAAAUGCCAAUAUUAGGGGAGCGAUAGAUGUUCUCACCUGCAUCAAUUUUCCAAGGUUGGUUAGAUUGAACUUGUCUAAUAACCAGCUGAAUGGUACUAUACCAUUGGACAUUAAAGAAUUGCAAUUUCUAAGAGUGUUGGAUCUUUCCAAUAACAAACUGAGUGGUCGGGUACCUGAAUUUGGGAAAAAGAUUCGUGUUAGAUUAGAUGGAAACCUGGAUCUAAAGUGGGACACUGGCCAUUCCCAUCACGCUGUGCUCCUUAUAGUGAUUGGUUGUGUUGGUGGGCUGCUUAUUGUAGUGAUCGGGAUUGUUGGUCUAAUAUUUUACCUUAAGAAAAAACAACUCCCAUCCGGUGAGCAAAAUGUGGUAGAGCUCACUGCUAACCCUAGCACGCAAUCUAGUCAAGCCAUUGAUGUGCAUUCAAGUCAAGCCCUUGAUGUUAUUGCGCUUAAACAGUUUUCCCUUGAGAACUUGAUGAUGGCUACUAUUAGUUUUACUGAAGCCAAUCUUUUGGGAAAAGGGGGAUUUGCAAAGGUUUUUAAAGGAGUUUGGGAGAACACAGAAAUUGCAGUGAAGAGGAUGAACAAGAUACGGUCGGGAGUGGAGGCUAGUAAUGCUUUAGAUAUGUUCAAGUCGGAGGUUGAAUUGCUUUCCAAACUCCAACACAGAAACUUAGUUGCACUCAUUGGUUAUUGCUGGAAUGAAGACGAAAAGAUUUUAGUUUAUGAAUACAUGCCUCAAGGGACUCUUAGAAGGCAUUUGUUCGAAUGGAAACAAGAAAAUCUGAGUCCUCUUGACUGGCCUACAAGACUGAGUAUAGCUUUCGAUAUCGCAAAAGGUGUUGAUUAUCUACAUUCUGCAACCAACCAGAUACUUGUCCACCGGGACUUGAAACCUACAAAUAUUUUACUUGGAGCUAAUAUGCGGGCUAAAGUUGCAGAUUUUGGAUUAGUGUAUUCCUUGCCAGAAGGAAAAGACUACAUUAUGACUCCCAUGGCAGGAACACAAGGCUAUUGGCCUGAAGAAUGUGUUGAUGGAAAGAUAUCUGACACUUCAGAUGUGUAUACAUUUGGAAUACUUCUAUUGGAACUCAUUAGUGGAAGAAAAGUAAAUGAUUCUGUCUUCUUGCCAACAUGGUUCCUAGAUACCCUAAAUACCAGGGAUGAGAAGGGGAAAAUCAUCGAGUAUGUUAACAAGUCUUAUCUUGGCCAGGUUAUUGAUCCGGUAAUAGAUAUAUCGAAUGAAACUCUGGUAGCUAUUGCUAAUGUUGCUGAAUUGGCCUUGCACUUCAUCCACCGUAAGUUUGAUAGCAGGCCUUCCAUUGCUCGUGUAUUGGGUGUGCUUACUUUGCUCAUUGAUAGCUGGAAGCCACCACAGCCUGAAGAAGUCCAACCGAGAUUGACAGUAAAAGAAGCAUUUAGGAGGAUUGAUUCGGCUGCAUCAACUAGCAAGCGGUAAGGUCAUUUAUCAGCAUAUGGAGGUUGUUGUUUUAUUAAAUAUGCAACAUCAGAAGAAGCUGAUAGGGCCAUUAGAACUUUGCAUAAUCAACAUACUCUUCCUGGGGGAGUAGGUCCUAUCCAAGUCAGAUAUGCUGAUGGGGAACAAGAACGCCUUGGUGCAGUUGAGUACGAACUGUUUGUGGUGACACUGAACAAACAACCUACGGAAAAGCAAGUUGAGGAAAUAAUCUGGUUGAAGAUGUUUACCUCAUGCGUGAUGAAUUGAAGCAGAGUUGUGGAUGUGGAUUUGUUAAGUAUUCCCACCGAGAUAUGACGUUGUCAGCAAUAAAUGGUUGAAACGGGUGCCAUACUAUGAGAGGUUGUGACUCGUGAGCAACCACUAACUGUCUGUUUUGCUGAUCCUAAAAAGCCUAGGCCUGGAGAAUCAAGGGGACCUGCUUUUGGAGGUCCAGGUUGUGGU